ACCGACGGAGAGCGACAACAGAGGCUUUUUUCUUCUUCUUCUUCUUCUUCUGCAGCUUCCAGACGAGGAGAAACCUCGCGGUUGAAAGUUACCUUUGUGUUUCUGAUGAGCUGUGGAAAGUCGGUCGCAGACACUGAUACAGUCCGAUGGUGUGGGAGGAAGAUUUCCCGAUGAUUGAAGUGUCGAUACCAUCGAUGGAGCGGGAAGUGGAUGAGUCGGGAAAGUCCAAAAAGCGCUUCAGAGUUGAAGUCUUGUUUAAUGGGAGGAAACAUUAUGUGCUCAGGAGAAACAGCGAGUUCCAGACUCUGCACAGAAAACUCAGGAAGAUCAUUCAGACGCCCGACUUCCCGAGCAAAAGGAACCCCCACCUGAGGACCAAACCUCUGGAGCAGAGGAGGCAGGAGCUGGAAGAUUACAUCCAGGACAUCAUCUACCAGAAUGAAGAUGUGCCGCAGGUGCUGCUGGACUUCCUCCACGUCAGACACUUUCACACAGGGAACAAGAUCAGCAGCAUGGAGUCCCUUGAGGAACUGGACAGUCGAGAUUACAGUUUUUCGUUACCAAAUCAGCGAGUGUUGGGCUUCUUUCAGGAUCCUUAUCUCUCUGACUGCACAUCAGAUCUUCCAGACAUUGUUGCGGACGGGGUUCUUCAGGGUUUUUACCCCCGGGGCGUCCGGGUCAGCUUCACCGCCCCCACUCUCACUGAGCCUGACCCCACCACUUCUGUAGAGGCCUGAGAUUACAGUCACAGUGCAAUAAAGUGUGUGUGUCAAAGUAAAGUGUCAAAGUAGAAUAUAGAGCACAGUCUAUUACAUGAUACCAGCAAGAAAGAUAAAUGAAGAAGCCAUCAGCAAUGAGCAUGACAAAGAAAAACUGUGUUUGGCCCCAGUGGGACCGACACCCAUCAUCCAGCCCUUGUUGUUGCUGCUCUGCUCAUUGUUCUUCCAGAAACGUGAGGCUCUCACAUUUAGGCCAACGACCAAAAUCCAUCUUGAAAAACUUAUAUCUGUUUUGAAGAAGUAGCCAGAUUCACUCAUUGCGUGCGUCAGUGUUUCUUUAGCCAUGAAGAUGACUCACAAACUGGUUUUUAAUCAAGUCGGGACAUCAUUUUGCAGCAAUAAGCAAACAUGAACAGAAACAUGAGUCUUGUCUUUAUUUUAGUGAAACUGUAACUGAAUAGAUGGGAAUUUAAUUUUAAAAUAAAGACAUACAGACAGAGUUUAGAGAAGUACUUGAAAUGUCAGGGGCAGACAACGUUUACUUUUUAAAAUAUUCUUGUUUACAGUUUUUGUUUUUUGUCAAAGAUUGACAAAUGGUGUGGGGAGGGGGGUGGGGGUAAAAGUUGCAUACAGUUUAGAUUUGAGGUCAACCAGCCUUAAAUGUGUAACCACAAGCUUUUGGAGUUUACAUAUACUGUAUGUGCUUUUUAAAAAAAAUCUUAUUAUUUAUGUUGAAAUUGUAAU